AUGGCUGGGAACGAAGACCAUCUGGCAUACGGAAAUGCCCCGGGACAGCCGUCUGACCGUGCUACAGGGAGCGGCGGCGCCCGGGGCUUUCUAGGAGAUACGCUGCGCACUUUCCGUGAUAAAUACGCCCACCACGGUGGCCAGCAGCAGGGGCAGCACGGCCAGCAGGGACAGCAGGGGCAUCAGGGGCAGCAAUACCCAGGUCAACCUUCGAACCAAGGUUACAACCCUCAGGCACAGUAUCAGCAAACGCCACAGGGUCAACAAGGAACAUCUCAAUAUGGACCCGAUCCUACUCAUGGACAGAAUCCUCAAUACUACCAGGGCACAGAUGGAGGCAGCCACAGUGGAGGAAAACCUCCAAAGACUGACCUGGUCUCCGGCAUAUUCGGCAAGAUACAGGGCAUUGGUUCAGAGAUGGCACAGCGAAUUGGCUCCAAUCUCGAUCCACAGGCCUAUGCGACAUAUGGCGUCGGAGCGACCUCGUCAAAUUCGAAGAACCGAUACGGGAGCUUUGCGCCCACUCGAGACCACUGUGACGCCAAAUGGUAUGUCGAUGGAUGCAGCUAUAUGUGGGCAGUAUCUAGAGCACUUGAGACUGCCAAAGAAUCUAUUUGGAUUCUCGACUGGUGGCUGUCUCCAGAGCUAUACUUGAGAAGACCUCCAGCUCAGAACGAACAAUAUCGCAUUGACCGAAUGCUCCAAGCAGCUGCUCAGAGAGGGGUUCGUGUAAACAUCAUUGUUUACAAGGAGGUCACUCAGGCGUUGUCAUUGUCGUCAUCCCAUACUAAACACCAUCUGGAAGACCUACACGAAAACAUCACUGUACUCCGCCAUCCAGAUCACUUGCCAGACAAGCAAACUGUGCAUUCAGAUGUGAUGUCAUCCUUCCAGAACUUGACAUUAAAUGCUGCUGGUGUUUCAAAGCUAUCUGGUGAUGCUCUCAAAGCUGUGUAUGGACUGAGCGGUGGCGUUGUCCUUUUCUGGGCGCAUCACGAGAAGUUAUGCCUCGUUGACGGCAAGACUGCAUUCAUGGGCGGUCUUGAUCUCUGCUUCGGACGUUGGGAUACAUACCAGCAUUCUAUUGCUGAUGUUCACCCGGCCGACGUAAAACAGGCCGUUUUCCCCGGCCAAGACUACAACAACGCUCGAGUUUUGGACUUCCAGGACGUUGUUCACUGGGAGAACAACCAGUUAGACCGAAAAUCGAACUCUCGUAUGGGUUGGAGUGAUGUCGCGGUUAGUCUGCACGGUCCUGUCGUGGAAGACUUGAGGAAGCAUUUUGUGGAUCGUUGGAACUUCAUCUAUGAUGAAAAAUAUGCGGUUCGCAAGAACCCACGAGUCUCUAGACUUGAGCUCUAUCGCCAGCCUAUGGGUAUGGGAAUGGGCUCCCACCACUCGUCGUCGCAGUACAACGCUCCACCCUCAGGAGCUCCGCCUGCCACAGGUUCCCAGGGAUACCAGCAGCCAAGCGGAGGGUAUGGCAGUGCACAGCAAUACCCGUCCUCUAAUCAACCACAGACGCAGACGCAGCCACAGACGCAGCCACAGGGAUCGCAAUCACAGUACUAUCCCCCUCCCCCACCUGGACCUCCUCCAGUCACGUCUCCAGCUGCUGGUGGAUAUCAGCCACCGACCCAAGCGUCACAGGUGCCGUAUUUCCCUCCUCCGCCUGGUCAGGGCAACCCACCGACUCAAAGCCGUGGUAUCGAUGAAUACAAUGAAGGAGAAGGAAGCAGCCGUGGCGUCGGGGGCCUAAAGGGCGAAUUUACCAGCUUUGGAAGCACCUUACGUAGCCAAUUGGCCGGCCAAGUCCACCGUUAUCAGGAUCGAUAUCUUACCGGUGGAAUUUCGGGACAGAGUCAAGGACAACAGAUGGCAAACGUGUCUUGCCAGAUAGUCCGCAGCAGCGCCAAAUGGAGUAACGGAACGGAGACUGAGCAUUCCAUCGCAGAUGCUUACGCUGCUAUAAUCCGUGAGAGUGACCAUUUUAUCUAUAUCGAGAACCAGUUCUUCAUCACGGCCACAUCCGAUGCCCAGAAGCCAGUUAAGAACAAGAUCGGUGCCGCCAUUGUCGAACGUAUCCUCCGUGCUGCAAAAGCAGGAGAGAAAUACAAGGUCAUCGUCAUCAUUCCUGCCGUUCCAGGAUUCCCUGGAGAUCUCCGCGAGGAUGGUAGUUUAGGCACACGUGCUAUCAUGGAGUUCCAAUACUUCUCUAUCAACCGCGGAGGAAACAGUAUCAUGGAGGUCAUUGCCCGAGAAGGGUAUAACCCCAUGGAUUACAUCCGCUUCUAUAACUUGCGCAACUACGACCGUAUAAACGCGAGUGCCAUCAUGCGCCAAGCUGAAAUGGCGAGCGGAGUAAAUUAUGAAGAUGCAAGAAAGCAGCACGAUGCUGCCAUGUCUGCAUCGAGACCCACUGCUUUCGAUACAACGGCAGCAUAUCCACAGUAUCAACAGGCGGCCCAAAAUGUCGCUGCUACACAUCCGCAGUCAUCCGCCAUGGGUCGAUGGGAUACUGUCAGUGGAUGCUACAUGCUUGGAGGAGAGGACAUCCGCAAUAUCCCUUGGGAGCAUGAGGGUGAUGUUUCCGAAAUUGACGCCUUUGUCACGGAGGAGCUGUAUGUUCAUUCAAAGGUCAUGAUCGCGGAUGAUCGUACUGUGAUCUGUGGAAGUGCGAACCUGAACGACCGCUCUCAGCUAGGCGAUCAUGACUCUGAAAUUGCAGUCAUCAUCCAAGAUCCGUCUGCCAUGGAGUCGAAGAUGAACGGCCAGACAUAUGUCGUGAGCCAGUUUGCUACAACGCUUCGAAGGCAGCUCUGCCGAAAGCAUCUCGGACUGAUCCGACCUCAAGAUUUCCAGCGAGGAGAUGCGAACUGCGAGCCUGUUGGAGUUCCCAAUCAGUAUGACUUUGGUACACCAGAGGACAACAUUGUGGCGGAUCCGAUUGCAGAUACCUUUCAUAGUCUUUGGAACUCGCGUGCUAAACAGAACACGGAGGUGUAUAGAAAGGUUUUCCAUGUGGUACCAGACGAUACUGUCCGUAACUGGAACGACUAUAAGGAAUUCUAUGAGUACAAUUUCCGCAAGCCUGACGGAAAGGAGAAUCAACAGCAGGGCGGUCAACAAAUGGAACAAGGAGGCCAGCCACGCUACCUCCCUGGCCAUGUGAUCCGUGACGAGUUCCCCGAAGGAGUGAAAGCAGUUAAGGAAGAACUGGCCAAGGUCAAAGGAACCAUUGUUGAGAUGCCGUUGAUGUUCCUAGCAGAGGAGGAUAUUGCCAAAGAGGGACUGAACUUGAACUCGUUCACAGAAACGCUAUACACUUGA